CCGUCCUAGGCUCAGAGAUCAUAAAUCUACCCCAAGAGGAGCCAUAAACUGGAGCCCCCGUUCCUAACCGAACCUUCCCACGGGUUAUUUAUACAGGUCUACGUUCCCGCCGGAUCUCAACCAUACUCCAUCAGCGCGGACACACUUAUCAUCACUAUUAUUACAAAGAACAUCUACCAAGCCCGGGGAAAGCUAUUCUCAUUGGUACCGCUUAUAAAUCUCGGUAUAUCAUUCGCGGGGUUGAAAAGGCAGAAUAGUAACAGACCCUCGGUUUGACACGGGUAGACUCGGUCUUCCCCAGAAUCCGUGCGCGAGAGAUUCUGGGCCUGUCUACGGAGUAAACGUUAUACUCCAGCAGCAGCAGCAAGGGCUGGAAUACAUACACACAUACAAAAGCAUCAUGCUGGUGCAAGAGGUUUGGGCGGCCCUUUCGUUGGCGAGGCUGUUAGUGGGUGUUUUAGGGAUAUCGGGAAUUCUGUCUGUUGUGUACGUGGUCUAUAACCGCUUCUUCCACCCUCUCCGCCACGUCCCUGGCCCCUGGUUGGCGACCGUCACUCCAUUUGUCCAGCUGUACCAUGGGCUCCAAGGCGACCGACACCUGUGGCUGCACGCCCUGCACAAGAAGUACGGGUCGCACGUUCGCGUCGCGCCCAACUUCGUGUCCGUGAACACCGCGCAGGGCCUUCAUGACAUCUACGGCCACGGGAAGAAGCUCAAGAAGGCGAACUUCUACAACGCCUUCACUGCUAUCAAGGGUGUGUACAACACGCACAAUGUGAUUGAUAAGACGGUGCAUGGGCGCAAGAGACGCGUGCUCAGUCAGGCGUUUUCGGAUCACGCGCUGAAGGCUAUGGAGGAUGUUGUGCUGCUGCACGUUAGACAGCUGUGCGACAAGCUGGCGGACCUCCGGGGUAGCACUAAUUACAGCGGGAAGGAAGAACGUGUGCGCAAUUUGGCGAGUUGGUUUAGCUGGCUUACUUAUGAUGUGAUGGGCGAGCUCUGCUUUGGGAAGAGCUUUGACAUGCUCCAGGGGGGUGGCAUUUCUCAACAAAAGAAGGACCGGCGACAGAUGGUUGGAUUGGUGGAUCGGGCUGCUAAUCGGCAUUAUGUGUGUGGUCUGUGGACACCUCUCGAUACAUGGCAUCUGGAUCAGGUUGUAAUCCACAAACUGACCAACGACCGCUGGAACUUCAUCAUGAAUUCUCGAGUGGAGGCCAACGAACGAGCCAAGGAGCGCACGAAGGCCGGCCACAGCGCCAAGAAGGACUUCUUCUACUACCUACUUAACGCCAAAGACCCUGAAACCGGACGCGGUCUCACAACGGCUGAACUUUGGGGAGAAGCCAACGUCCUGAUGAUCGCCGGCAGCGACACCACCUCGACAACAAUGACAGCCACGAUGUUCUACCUUCUCCGCAACAUCCCGGCCAUGGGACGGCUGAAAGACGAGAUCCGACAGAACUUCAACGACGUCGAGGAGAUCAUCAGCGGCCCCAAGCUCAACGAAUUGGUUUACCUGAAAGCUUGCAUUGACGAAGCCCUACGAUUGGCGCCCGCUGUGCCGGGUGCGAUCCCGCGGGAAGUAAUUGACGGAGCCAUGGUCGACGGGGUCUAUCUACCUCCCGGCACAGACUGCGGCACCCCGACCUACUCUAUUCACCGACAAGACGAAUAUUACCGGGAAGCAGAGUCGUACAUCCCCGAGCGUUGGAUUGACGGCGCCACGUGCCAGACCCGGUCCCAGGCGUGGACGACAACGAAGGAGGACGUUGAGAUUGCUCGCAAGGCGUUCUGCCCAUUCAGCAUUGGUCCUCGCGGGUGCAUUGGGAAGAGCAUGGCCAUGAUGGAGCUGCGACUGACCAUAGCGCGCCUCAUUUUCCUGUUCAAUUUCGACUUAUAUGACCGGGAGGGAGAGGAUGAGAACGGACAUUUGGCUCUCGUUGACCAUUUCACCAGCGCCAAAAAUGGACCUAACGUGAUUGCUACCCAUAGAAUUUGA